AUGGGUAAGCGAAGCCAUCACGACUCAAUUGAGCAGCCAUCGAAGAAGAAAUCAAAAUCUGAGAAAUCCGAGAAGCCCGCAAAGGCUUCCAAAGAUAAGCAGGGAAAUGGCAAGGAGACAACUGCGGACUAUUCUGAUGCAUCUGCUCUCUCCAACAUCCCUCAGUCAGAAAUUGACAGUUUUCUGACCGAAAACGUGAUCAAAAUCGCUGACCCAUCACCGGAUGCUCCUCAAUUUCGUCCCCUACUUUCGUUUGAUCAUCUGCCCGAAUGCGAUGCUGGCCUGUACGCCCAAUUGAAGGCUUUCCCCGCGCCAACGCCGAUCCAAUCUACCACCUGGCCGCUUCUUUUUGCUGGCCGUGAUGUGAUUGGCAUUGCAGAGACUGGAAGUGGCAAGACCCUGGGCUUUGGCUUGCCGUGUCUGAAGAAAUUGAUUGACUCCAAGUCAAGCAAGAAACCUUGUCAACCUAGAGCAGUGAUAAUCUCACCGACUCGAGAGCUUGCAAUGCAGAUUUAUGACCAGCUGGUCAAAUUCGGCACCCAUGAGAAAACUCGGGUCACAUGCAUUUACGGAGGUGUGGGUAAGGAUGAGCAGCGUCGUGCUCUUCAAAAGGCCGCUAUUGUGGUCGCCACUCCCGGUCGUCUCAAAGACCUCCAGAAUGAUGGGUCUAUUGAUCUUGGGAAGGUCAAUUACCUCGUCUUGGAUGAGGCAGAUCGCAUGCUCGACAAAGGUUUUGAGCAGGAUAUCAAAGAUAUUGUCAAGCCGAUGCCCGUCUCCAGAAGACAGACGGUCAUGUUUACGGCAACGUGGCCCCGAUCGGUCAGAGACCUCGCAGCAACUUUCAUGCAGACUCCGGUGACUGUCACCAUUGGCGGAGACCCAUCUGCGGAUCCGCGCGCCAACACGAGGAUCAAGCAAGUCGUCGAGGUUAUGGACGGUCGAGAGAAGGAGGGCCGCCUCGUGCAGCUACUCUCCAAGUCCCAGCGGGGUCAUCAAUCGCCUGAGAAAGUCCUGGUGUUCUGUCUUUACAAGAAGGAAGCUAUGCGAAUUGAGAAUCUCAUCAGAAACAAGGGAUUCAAAGUUGCCGGUAUUCACGGUGACUUGAAUCAGUCAGACAGAUUCCGAAACCUGGAUGCGUUCAAGAAGGGGAAUGCUACUAUCCUUGUCGCAACCGAUGUGGCAGCGCGUGGCCUUGAUAUCCCGAACGUGAAAUUGGUGAUAAAUGUCACUUUCCCCCUUACGGUCGAGGAUUACGUGCACCGGAUCGGAAGAACUGGACGUGCUGGUGCUGAUGGUCAUGCCAUCACCAUGUUCACUGAAACCGACAAGGCACUCUCUGGCGGGUUGAUCAAUGUUCUCAAGGCAGCUAAACAAGAUGUGCCGGAGUCUUUGUUGAAAUUUGGAACAACAGUCAAGAAGAAGCAACACGAUGCGUACGGUGCCUUCUUCAAAGACGUUGACAUGGACAAGACGGCAACAAAGAUCACAUUUGACGAUUAA